UCCAAGCCGCCUUAGAGCAGGAGCCCCAUGGCUAUGGGAAGCUACGAAGCGGCGGGUCCCCAGGUUGGCGAGAUUCCAGAUAAUGAUAGAUCAAAGGUUGCCAAUGAGGAACCCAGGCGGAUGACCAGAGAGCAGGUGUUUAUCCUGAUAGCAACAGCAUCUCUCAACUUCAGUUCAAUGGUUUGCUACUCGAUUCUGGGCCCCUUCUUCCCAAGAGAGGCAGAAAAGAAAGGGGCUAGUAGUACAAUAAUUGGACUUAUUUUUGGAUGUUUUGCAUUAUUCAACUUCCUGACAUCUUUGAUAAUGGGAAAAUAUCUUGCACGGAUUGGAGCAAAGUUUAUGUUUGUUGCUGGUAUGUUUGUAUCAGGAUGUGUCACAAUUCUCUUUGGAUUUUUGGACAAAGCACCUGACGGGCCAAUAUUCAUAACCCUGUGUUUUUUGGUUCGAGCAAUGGAUGCCAUUGGUUUCUCUGCUGCAGGAACAGCCUCAUUUUCUAUUCUCAUAAAUGCUUUCCCCCAAAAUGUAGCUACAGUUAUGGGUACUCUUGAAAUUUUUACCGGUUUGGGAUUAGUGAUGGGCCCCCCAAUUGGUGGCUUUUUGUACCAGAGUUUUGGCUAUGAAAUCCCUUUCAUUGCACUUGGAACUGUGACGCUGCUUAUGGUGCCUCUGAACAUGUUCAUCUUACCAAAUUAUGGUUCAGUUCCUAAAAAUGAUUCGUUCUUGAAGCUUAUUGUUCUACCAAAAGUUAUAAUCCUUUGUCUAACUAUAUUUGGAUUAAGUGCGAGCUUAGCCUUUCUAGAUCCUACCAUGUCAUUAUUUGUCUUGGAAAAAUUUAAAUUGCCAGCAGGCUAUGUUGGAUUAGUAUUCCUGGCAGUAGCACUCCCUUAUUCCUUAACUGCACCGCUUCUUGGUUUUCUAAGUGACAAAAUACCGAGUUUAAGGAAGUGGCUGUUGAUCUUUGGAGGUUUGCUGUCUGCAUUUUGCUAUUUUUUCUUAGGACCUGCUCCCAUCUUGCAUAUUGAAAGUCAGCUUUGGCUUUUCAUUCUGAUGUUGGUCCUGAUCGGUUUUGCUCUUGCGAUGACUGGUAUCCCAAUAUUCCCUGAAGUACUCAGUUGUGCAUAUGAGAAUGGAUUUGAGGAAGGAUUAAGCUUGUUAGGACUUGUGUCUGGACUCUUCGGUGCAUUAUGGGCACUCGGGUCUUUUGUAGGUCCAACUUUAGGUGGCUUCUUAAAUGAGAAACUGGGUUUUGAAUGGUCUGCAGCUAUACAAGGAGGAUUGCCUUUGUUAAUUGGACUAGCAGCUGCAAUUUUUUACAUCUAUGAAGCUGUACAAAAGAAGAGGUCGCAUCCUGGAAAUCUGCUUGGUUCAGAGCAAGAGAGAACUCUUUUACUGAAUGGAGUUUAAUGAGAUUUGUUUUGUUGCCAGUUUAAAUCUAACCUCAUCAGCAAAUUUAAGAGCAUAAUAUGCAAACAAAGAGCAAGCAAAUGUCAUGAAAUGUAGUUCUUGCACAAUGCCCCUUCACAAUCUCUGGAUCCUAAGGAAUUAUGGUGUACCGCUCUCUUAUUAGACAAUAAUGUACCAUUCCAUUAUUAGAUAUACCAUUCCAAUUUUAGCCUUUUUUCAUUUCUGUAGUGAUCUUCUGAAAAAGUUACAUUGGAAUGUCAAAGACGUUUAGAUAGUAAAAGUGUUUUGCACAAAAGGUUCUAUUAUUUGUGACACUGAUACUGUGAUAUGGGGGCAUGCACAAAAAUGCAAACUAAUAAGAAUGUUAUUUCAAAUGA